CGUACUCGUAUCCCUCCAGUCUUAUGUUUCCCCGUCUCACUGACCCUCCAAGUUGACGUCGACACUAUUGUUUCUGUUUGAGUUGUGAUGCCAACGAUGGCCCAGGAUUGUAAAAAGUGAUCAGCCGCUGAAAUUUUGAAAUUGGUGGUAUUAUGUGAUGGAUUGGGAAGCUCCUUGAACUUGAUCGUCAUCGUUUCAACAACAACUAACUUCAUCACAGUCUUUUCUCUUUCUUCUUUCUUCAUUAGUCAAACUGCCACCUAGCCAAAGCUUUGCUGUCAGCUUGCUUUCAAAGGAACUAACAACCAAAAUUUAAAGAAAGUGUCUCAUCUACACACUCACUCGAAUCACCGCUCAUUUCUGUUAAAUCAACGACAACUGCUCAUGGAUGCACUCCAUACUCAUUUUGUCCGACGGAAUGGAUUCGGAGGCUUACUUGGUGGAAAUGGCGCCUCGACCUUUGGCACCACAAUAUCACCCGAGAGCCCUCUUGAUGUAUUUACUAGUGCUUUGGGCAGCAUGUUCAGUGGCGGGGCAACUACCACUUCUACCUUUCCUAGCUCUUCUACCCCUUCCACCUCUUCCAUCACUACCAGCCAACAAUCCAGUUCUACUAGUACCUCCAUUCCUUCCACGAGUACCCCCUCGCCAACAUCUACGUCGGUAACUACACCCAACUCUACACCUAUUCCUGUGCCUACUCCCACACCCACACUUGCAUCCGCACCCACAUCGUCUGCUUCUCUGAUCGUCUUUACUUCAACCUCCGGCACUAGCAUUAUCUACGUGACUAGUACCGCGUCCAGUCCAGCGUCUACCAUCGCUGCAGUUCCUCAGUCAUUCUUCCAGAACAAGCCUCUGGAGGGUGGGGUGUUCGCCAUAGUUGGAAUCGUUAUCAUGAUCAUCAUGUUCGUCAUCAUCACAUACACUAUCCGUCGUCGUCAGCGCAAUCGUCUUGAGAGCGACAUCGCCGAUGCUAUCACGUUUGAUCCGGUCGUGAGGGAGCACUACGGAGAUGAGGAGAAGGGAACGAACGCUUUUGAAAAAUACAGGUUUAGUAGCAGUUCUUCAGGUCAUGGCCAUGGCUAUGGGUACGGUCCUCAGCCUGCAUAUGCGCCACCGGCCGUUCCUCAGUACGGUUACUACGGCUCACAAGGAUAUGAACAGCAGGCAACUACUUAUCAUGUCCCUCCCCCUCAAGGCCCCGUCUAUAACCUCGACAAUGCAGUUAACACAGGUGGCGCUGUUGAUUCGAGUGGCGCGGCCGAUACGGUUAGUUCAGCCAGUACGAGCGGUGCCAACCUCACUCGCAAAUAUUCAAACCGAAAACCUGUUCCACCUCUCCUGCCAAAUCCCGUCUAUAACCCAUCUCAAUCUCCGGUUCUUCCCUCGCACUAUUACAUGCAGAACCAAGAUGUCCCGAUCUCACCAAUUUCUCAAUCAAUGGAUAUUUCUGUACCCCCUGGUGAUCUGCCGACUUCUGCGCUACCUGAUGACUCGGAGGACGAUCCUUACACAGGAAUGGUCGAGGUUGUCGAUCACUAAAUAUACCCCCGUGCUUUUUUUCCCGAUACCCAAAUGUCAGUUGUGUUGGUUUCCUGUCCGACUAUGCUCCCUUGCCUUCAAAUUGUUUCGAGCAGCGCUCGUGUUUCUGUUUUUUAUAGUUUCAAUUAAUCAACUUUGAUGUGCCGUGCCCAUCAGAUGUUGUUGAUUCUUGUUGAGCUGUCAUGUAGGCGUAGGGUGAUCAAUCACCCAUUCUAGACUGCUGUUGUUGUUCUCAGUAUCAUUGUAUCUAUACUGUUUUUUUUAUUUUUGCAUGAAUCAGAAAGUUUUAGAGUA